ACCAGAGAAGCAACCACCAGGCAGAAGUCCUUCCUCUGCAAGUCUGAAGGAAACCACAUUUAGAUCAGACUUUAGGGAAGAACAAAAGUCAUCAAUAAUGCCUAGUUUCCUGUCUGAGGGAAAUCCUUUAAGUGCAAUGUCAUCAGUUGUUAACAAGUUCAAUCCCUUUGACUUAAUAUCUGAUACAGAGUCGUCACAUGAUGAGGCAAAUAGAAAACAGAAAUCUGUUCCACAGACACAGCAAAAGACAGAGGAUGCCAAAACCACUUCAAAGCCAGUAUCCCAGCAGCAAGUUAUUAAACAACCUCUCCAUUCACAAGAUCCUGUAAAAUCUCCACUGCAGAACCCUGAACAUGCAGCUCAACAGCAACCAUCUGUAAAAUCAACAGCCCAACAACCUGGCUCACCUAAAUUAUCAACCCAUCAGCCAGGACCUCCUAUGCAAACACGCCAAACACAAGGGCCUUCAAAACAAACACAACAACAAGGAUCUCCAAAAAGGACACCUUCACAACAAGGUCCACAGAAAACAAUUCCACAACAGCCAGGUUCUCCAAAGCAAAGUCCACAGCAGCAACGGUCCCUGAAAACAACGUCCCCACAGCAAAGCUCUCCAAAGCCAACCAUGCAAGGACAGGGCUCUGUGCAGUCUACACCCCUCCAUCAAGGACCUCAGAAAAUGACCCCCCAACAACAAGGGGUACAAAAAUCAACUCCUCCACCACAACAACCUUUAGAACCUACACCCCAAAUGCAACAGCCCCCCAAGGCAGCAUCUAAAGAGCCUCAGAAAACAACAUUCCAGCAACAAGGACCACAGAAGUCAGCAGCUCAAAAAACAGGGCCACUUCAGACAAUGCCAGGAAAGCAGGGACCCACAAAGCCUAAAUCACAACCAUCAGAUGCAAAGAAACCUGCUGGUGAACAUGGAAAAUCUCCUUCGGUAGUACCAGAUAGGACCCCUCAGACUGCCUCACAAAGUACAGCAGAUUUAAAGAAAACUAUGUGCCCUAUUUGUACUACUACAGAGCUGCUGCUUCAUACCCCAGAAAAAGCCAAUUACAGUACAUGUACUCGGUGUCAAACUACGGUAUGCAGUUUGUGCGGCUUCAAUCCCAACCCCGACAUUACCGAGGUCAAAGAGUGGCUUUGUUUAAACUGCCAAAUGCAGAGGGCAAUGAACAUGGAAAUGUCUUCAACACCUGUUGGUAAGCCGCAACCAUCACAACCCAGACAGCCGACGGUUCCCACUGUACAAAAAGCCAAACAGCCAGUGCAAACAUCAACAGCAGGAGAAAAGAAAGUCCAGGAACAUGCAGAGAAAAAAGCUGACAUGCAGAAAACUGAGCACAGAAAACCCGCAGAAGCUAAAAAAGCACCUCAGCUAAUUAAACAGCAGUCACUGCUGCAAAGUCCACCUUUAAAAGCUAAACAAUCGAUACCUGAUUCUAAGGUUGAACAUGCACCACAGCACAAAGACAAAAAAGAACCAGAACAUACUGGACCAGUGGAUCAGAAGCCACUGGAUACACAAACACAGGCAAAGCCAGGUGUUACUGAUGCUCUUGGACAUGAGACUGCAAAGGUUAUUUCUGAGCCUCAUGCCCCAUUAGUUUUACAGAAGGAGACUCAAAGAACUGCAGAUGGUCCUUCAGUUGCACAGAUGAAACAGGGAGACCAAAUGUCUGUUCAGUCUAGUGCCAUGAGGCCAGUUCAAGAGCAGCAUGGAAAAGAUGAUUUUAAGGCUGGAAUGCAGUCUGUGCCAGGUUCUAAAGGGGAUAUUCUUCAUGGGCCAUCUAAAGAGCCUACACAAAAGGUGGCAGGGACAUUGAGGGAUGUUACUGUCAGUGGAGGUGCUAAACCAUAUGCCAAUGAUUUGCCAAAAGGACAGAAAGGAACAGAACCUCCCAAAUUUGGUCCUUCACAAAUUUCUUCUCAAGCAUCUCCGAAGCCUCAGGAGCAACCAAGACGUUUCAGCCUGAACCUUGGAAGUAUGACUGAAACACCAAAACAUCAGCCUUUAACACCUCAAGAAACAGUAACUGGAAAACUCUUUGGAUUUGGUGCUUCUUUUUUCAAUCAAGCCUCCAGUUUUAUCUCACAAACAACCCAGUCUGCUGCACAGACUCCAAGUUCGGUGGCAGCAGCAGCAAAACAGCCAACCCCCACUGGUUCUCCAAAGACAGCACCACGUGCACCAGCCAAAGAGGCAGUUCCUGUCACACCAUCUCCUAAACAAACCCCCGCAAAAACAGAAGGAAAGCCACAAACAGCAGCAAAGCCUAUCCCAGCCACAAUAGGUAAACCUACAACUCUUGCUACUGAAGGACCACAUAUAGCACCUUCUAAGGAUGAAGGAGGUAAAGGCCCAGUGGAUAAAGUUAAACAACUUCCCAAAGUAGUGGAUGAAUGUAAAGAACUUCCCAAAGCACAACAGACAGAAACAUCUUUAGUAGCAACUAUUUCUACAUGCCCUUUGUGUAAAACGUUAUUAAAUAUUGGUUCUAAGGAUCCACCAAAUUACAAUACUUGCACUGAAUGUAAGAGUAUUGUUUGCAAUCUCUGUGGAUUUAAUCCAACACCUCACUUAAUUGAGGUCAAAGAAUGGCUUUGUCUAAACUGUCAGACACAAAGAGCACUUGCUGGUCAGCUUGGAGAUAUUGAUAAAGUGCAACCUGCUCAACCAGCAUCUCCCAAGGUACCACCAAAAGAUGGCCCCUCUGCUCCGGAACAGCCUGCCUUUAAGGACCAGGUUCCAAUAAUACAGAGGGUAAUGUCUGUAACAGAGCUAUUUUCAUCAAAAGAGCUGCCACAAGAUCAAAUGGCAGGAGCAGACAAAUUCCAGAAAACUGAUCCUCUUCAAGAAAUUCAGGAAGUCAAAAAACAGGACCAAAAAUUAAUACACGAUAUGCUAACAAAGAGUGCUUCUAUGGAAAAGACGACGCAUGAAAAGACAAUAGACACUGGCCAACCUGUAACAAAGCUGGGUAUGAAGACUGCAUUUUCUUAUGAAAGAGAGACUCUGUCAAUGCUAGACCAAAAACAGGUGCUCAUUAAAGAUCAACAAACUGCAGCUGUUACAGAAGACCAAUCCAUAGUUGUAACAAAGAUGGGAGAAGGAAUCGCCGAUAAAUGUGACCAAGUGCCUUCCAAGUCAGAAAUCAUGCAAGUAGAACAGGAUAAAAAAAGCACAGAAGAUAUUCGGCCCGCAACACAAAAGACAAAAAGACCUGACCAGAUAGAAACUGGAAUAGAAAAGGCUGUAUCAGAAAAAGAAGAUGACAAAUCUGAUGCGUCAAGUGCCCAGCAACAGAAAAGCCCACAAGGAUUAAGUGACACAGGCUAUUCUUCUGAUGGAAUAUCAGGUUCACUGGGAGAGAUUCCAAGUUUCAUUCCAACUGAUGAGAAGGACUUGCUUAAAGAGCCUUCAAAAACUGAUUCAGUUUAUCAGGAAAGUAGUCCUACUAGUCCAUCUGAUCUAGCCAAGUUAGAAAGCACUGUCCUUUCAAUAUUGGAGGCCCAAGCAAAUAAUAUAGCUAGUGAAACAUCAGGGAAGAGUAAAGAUAUUUACAAUGCAUAUGGAGAACAAAUGAAGGACCACCACAGGCCAAGGACGCUGCCCAUAACUCCAGAAUCCUGUAGCUCUGAUGAAGAACUUGAAGAUAUUCAGGAAGAAGAUGAAGAUGCACUUGAAGAUGAAGGCCUAGAAAUCACAACUCAUAGGAAAAGUCACAGAGGAAGCAUUGAUUCUUCUGAGGACUUAUCAGAAAGACAAAGGCAUGAUUCAGUAGAUGAUAGCAGUGAAAGUGAGCACUCACCAUUUCCUCAGAGGAGGAGGAAGGCUAGUGUGGGAUCAUCAAGCAGCGAUGACUCUAAAAGAGAAGACAGUCAGGGUUCUGGUGAUGAUGAAGAUUUCAUUCGAAAACAGAUCAUUGAAAUGAGUGCAGAUGAAGAUGCUUCAGGAUCUGAGGAAGAAGACUAUAUCAGAAAUCAGAUAAAGGAGAUAAGUGGAAGGGAGAGAUCAAAGACAGAUGAUGGUAAAGUGAAAGGAAAGGGUUCAGGAGUAAAAUACAGGCGGUUUACUAGGAAAAAUAUUCCAUGUUAUGAUGAUGACCAAGGCAGAAGGCACUCAUGGCAUGACGAGGAUGAAGAAACAUUUGAUGAAAGCCCUGACCCCAAAUACCGGGAGACCAAAAGUCAAGAUAAUGAAGAGCUGUCUGUCACUAGUGGAGGAGGACUUAGACGUUUCAAGACAAUAGAGCUAAAUAGCACUGUUGAAAAUACAUAUACUGAGGAACCAGAGAAGAAACUAACUACAUUAUAUUUUGAUGAGGAACCAGAGUUAGAGAUGGAGAGUCUUACUGAUUCUCCAGAAGAUAGAUCAAGAGGUGAAGGGUCAUCUAGUCUCCAUGCAUCCAGUUUUACUCCUGGUACAUCACCUACAUCAGUAUCAUCACUCGAUGAAGACAGUGAUAGUAGUCCUAGUCACAAAAAAGCAUCAGAUGAAAGCAAACAGAGAAAGGCAAGGCACAGAGCACAUGGUCCAGUUCUACCUACUAUUGAAGACUCUUCAGAAGAAGAGGAGCUUCGUGAGGAGGAAGAACUUCUUAGAGAGCAAGAAAAACUACGUGAACUAGAUCAGCAACAACGGAAAAGUUCUAGUAAAAAAUCUAAAAAAGAUAAAGAUGAACUGAGGGCUCAGCGAAGAAGGGAACGUCCCAAGACUCCCCCAAGUAAUCUUUCACCUAUUGAAGAUGCAUCACCAACAGAAGAAUUACGUCAGGCUGCAGAAAUGGAAGAAUUACACAGAUCAUCUUGCUCUGAGUAUUCACCAAGUAUUGAAUCUGAACCAGAAGGAUUCGAAAUUAGCCCUGACAAAAUUAAAGAAGUGCGGAAGGUUUACAAACUGCCUACAUCUGUCUCUCUAUACUCUCCAACAGAUGAAAAGCCUUUCAGCAUCUUCAUUGAUGAUGUUAUAGAUGACCAGAAGCCAUUAAAAAGUGCAGAAGAGGUGUAUGAAGAAAUGAUAGCUAAAGCAAAGCAGCAUCAAGGUCAGAAAGACACGGAUGAUGUAUUUGAAAAAGAACCAUUGUAUGGAGGCAUGCUAAUAGAAGAUUAUAUUUAUGAAUCAUUAGUAGAAGAUACAUACAAUGGGACAUUGGAAAGCACAUUUCUUGAAACAGAACAGGAAAUGCAUUCUGAGUUAUUUCAAGACCUAAAACAAACAUAUUCAUGCUCAAAACAAUUAUUUGAUGACAUUUCACGGAAAGGUGAACAUUUACCUUUUUAUCACACACAGCCUUCUGAUUUAACACUUUACACACAAGAAAAUGAAUCUUAUCAAUAUGUUGUACAAGAACGUCAUGCUGUAAUAACAGUGGAUGAUACCAUAUCUACUAUUAAAGAAGAAAAGCAGUUGCUAGAUGCAGAUGCUGCAUAUGAAGAGCUGAUGAAGAGGCAACAGACAGCGCUCACUCCUGGAACCAGUCCCACCCAACCUACCUUAGGGUUAGAAUCCCAUUCAGUUGUGCCAUCUACAGAUGCAGUUUGUUUAGAUGACAGUAAAUCAGAAACUCCCUUCUCCUUAACAGAUGUAAUUUGCAAAGAUUCCAUUACAAUGUCACUGGGAGGCCCUGCUACCAAUACAACCCUUUCUAUACCCGAUGUGAAAGUGACACAGCAUUUUACAACUGAAGAUGUUGAAGAUGAAUACAUAAGUGAAUAUGCCAGGGAAUCGGUAGAAACAUCAGAGCCCGAUAUUUCACCUUCAUCAGAAUCUGAAGAAUUCAUUAUGAUAGAUGGUACACAGUCAAUUAAACCUAUAACUUCUGAAAUAUCUACAACUGAACGUAAUAUUCCAGAUAAGGACUCAUCAUUAGGUACUGUGGUGGAUUUAACAUCAGAUACCAUGGCAGAAGACACUUCAGCUAAGGCUGCAUCAUUAAACAUGUUAAAACAUGCAAAUCAGGAAGAUAUUGCCCAGUCUAAGAGUAAAGAAUCUGAAUCUACCACCCCAUUUGUGCCAUUUGUGGUUACAGUAACAGAGAAAUCCAUACCAAUUGUAUCAGAAAGUGCUGUUGCUUUUGAUAUAGUCACUGCAGUUGAUGCAUCUGAUCUUUAUACUCCAACAACAUUAAGCAUGUCUCAUGUUAUUAUCUCUUUACCCCAAGAUGUAGAUGCCACCAAAGAAAGUGACAUGACUGUGGCACAAGAUUCAAUAAGCAAAUCUGAAUGCAUUGACUCUAGAUCAUUUUCUACAUCUGACUAUGCAGAACUACAUACAGUUCUAGAGACAUCUGUAUCAGGUCGAAGCAACAUUUCUGUCACUGAGGAGUAUGCAGCACAUAAAAUUCCAGAAAUACCUCCUUCAUCUGCCACGCAACCAGUGAUAUUCUCCACAGUAUUUACAACAGAGUCAGCAGUUAUUACUUGUGCUGCCACUAAGCCAACAUCUCCACCCUCAAUUACAUCGAAAGUGUUCUCGUUUUUUAGAAGUUCUUCUUCAGAGUAUAAAGAUUCACAGAUCCAGCCUGUUUCUUCCCAACCUCCUCUUCCUCCUCCCCCACCUCCUCCUCCACCGUUACCACCUCCAGUCUUGCCAAAACCUGUAAUCUAUCCCAGGAAGAAGCUUCCUGUCAGUGCCUCCACAACCACAUCAACAGUGGCUGCAGGUGCUGUCAUGGACAUCACUCCACCUGUGAGGACACCAGUAACCUCUGCCAGUAAAGUUUCCAGUGUAACACCUCCACCAAUUCCUCCAAAGCCAGCUUCUAUUCCGGCAGGACUAAUGUUUAGCCACAGACCAGGGGAUCCCGUUAAACCUCCAGUUGCUCCAAAACCAAGCCAUCUUCCUGUUUCUGCUCAUAAACCCACAGAGUCACAUUCAAAACCUCAUAUAUCAACUUCUGCCAUGACUUUAAAUCUGAUUUCAGCAGAAUGUAGUCUGAUUUCUCCAACCUCCCCAACUUCUCCACAUUCCAAUAAAUCAUCACCAAGAUUGUCUAGACCUUGUCAGGAAACAUAUGUUGUAAUCACAUUACCAUCUGAACCAGGAACUCCAACUGAUGGUAUUACUAGUCAGACAUCAUUUAGUCAGACUUUCAUAUCAGACUCAAAGCAGUAUAUAUCUCAGAGGUUUCCCCCCACAACGGAUUUUGUGCAGCCUGACGAUACUCUUCAGCAUGUAGAUGUAAUUGAUUAUGACAGAUUUGUUACAGGCACACAUACUUCAUCAGUUCCAUAUGCAUAUGAAUCUGCACUUCCAUCAACACCUGCUUAUGCAACUCAGGUUAUACCAACAGAGGUAGCAAGAACUACUGUAUCAGUUCAUGAUUGUUUGCAAAACAGAGAGCUAGCCAGUUCUGGAUUAAGCAUAACUUCAGAACAUCCAGCCACAGAAUAUAAACCUCAAGAAGAAGGGAAAAGGCAUUAUCCUGUUGAUGUGAUAGAUCUCCGCACAUUGUCAAAGUUUGAUGAGGAUCUGACAGAUCGAGGUAUUGAUUUGUCUGCAUCUCUUGUUGAAGCAAAACGACAAACAGUAACAAGUGAGAGUAAUGGACGGCAGAUAACUGCUGUACCUCAAACCAUUGUGAAUCUUAGCACUGGAGCACUACCUUUAACUUCCUUACCAGUGGUUGCACAAACUGUGACCCUAGUAACCUGUUCAACUACUCUAACAUAUAGUACAGUUACAACAACAACAGUUGACCUUGGACACGCAAUGUCAGAACCACUGCAGCUAACAGCAUCAAAGUAUGCUGAUUUGAAAACCCACUCAACAUAUAGUGCAGGAGAAAGUUUUGCAGAUAAAGAAAUCCGAGAAGAAAUCCCUAUAAAUUUGUCAUUUGACACAGCUAUGCAUGCAUUAUCAACUAUAAGUAGCACAAUGCCUGUCACCUGUGCCCCUGUUUAUGUCACUGAUGGAUGGAAUGCUCUUUCCAGCUCCUCUGGAACACUUCAGAAUGGAGCUGUAGACUUAAGUACUACAAAGGUUCACAGAGCAGUGACUAAACUAGACGAUUCAUUAGGAGUUCUUACAACUGUUUUAGAAGAUGAGGAAAAACCUGUUGACCUAACUGCUGGGAGGAAAGCAGUGUGUUGCGAUGUAGUGUAUAAACUCCCUUUUGGAACAAGUUGUACAACAUUACAGCCUGCAACAUCUCUCCCAGAGGACCGCUUUGGUUACAGAGAUGACCAUUAUCAGUACGGCCGAUCAGGUUCGUAUGGUUACAGAGGACUAGGGCAUAUGAAGUCUUCUAUGUCUGAUACAAAUCUGGCAGAUGCUGGACUGCAUCUUUACAAAACCAAGAAUGCACUGGAUUAUUCUUUGGGACUGCCAGAAGCAGCAGUAGAUCUUACAUCUGGCAAGGUAACUGCAGGUGAAGCAAUGGACUACUCAAGCAAGACUACUGGCCUCUAUCCAGAAAUGCGGCAGGUGAUAUCUGGCAUUGGUAGUACUGCUCCACAAUAUUCUCUUUCAAGAAUGGUUCCCUCUCUAGGGUCCCAGUAUGGUACUGGAAGUGUUUUACGAUCAUCUAAUGGUGUUGUAUAUUCUUCUGUCGCUGCUCCUAUCCCAUCUACUUUUGCAAUCACUACACAGCCUGGGUCAAUUUUCAACACCACUGUUCAGGAUUUAGGUACUCUCUAUACUAGUGACACAGUUUGCUCUUUAUCGUCUUUGCAGCAAAGCCAGCCACUGCCCAGGCCAUUCGAUUUUUUGGCUACUGUAGCACAUGAAAAAGAAACGAUAUCCACUAGUCCUGAUGCUAGUUUGCAUACUGUAACCCUUGAUACCAUAGCCACAAUAGAGAGUGGAGUGAUGCCUUCAUUUACAGUGGUCUCAGAAGCGUAUCUUAAUUCUACAACUGAAGCUAUUUCUAUAUCUGAAGAAAAUAAGCAACAGCAGCUUGACAUGGAACGUGAGUUUCUGGAGCUAGAAAAGCUUAAACAACAGCGUUUAGCUGAAGAAUUAGAAUGGGAAAGGCAAGAGAUCCAGAGGUUUAGAGAACAAGAAACACUUAUAGUACAAAAGCGACUUGAAGAGUUGCAGUCCAUGAAGCAGCAAAUUCUCAUGCAGCAGGAAGAGGAGCGUCAGGCUCAGUACAUGAUGCAACAAGAAACAUUCGCCCAACAGCAGAUUCAUCUUGAGCAAAUUCAGCAGUUACAGCAGCAAUUACAGCAGCAACUUGAAGAGCAAAAAAAUUGCCAUUUGUAUCAAUAUGGCUAUGACGCUUCAGCUACAUCUUCUCCACAAACGUCUACAGAGCAAGUAAUUUUUGAUGCUCAAUUCACAGCUGGAGAGAAUGGGCAGUACUGGGCAGGAGAAUGUGUAACCACAACAACCUCUGCUGUUCUGGGAAUUGAAAUGCCUGCAAAUCACACAUGGUACACAGUUCAGCCAGAUGGUGUGACACCUUAUAUUUCUCGAGCUGGUAUGCCAACAUCCCUUUCAGAGAUGUCAUUGAAAGAGGCUGAUAUGAGAGAAGAGUCACAACUGAAAAAAAGAUGUUCAAUGCCAAGGUUGCGUGAUCAGUAUGAAGAGCUUGAUAAUCAUGAUGAUGGGGAACAAAGAUCAUAUAAAAAGAUAGUUGACAGUGGAAUACAGACUGAUGAUGAGGAUGAAACUGAACGCAGCUAUUCACCAAGAAGACGAAGAACAAAAAAGAGUGUUGACACAAGUGUACAAACUGACGAUGAAGAUCAGGAAGAUUGGGAUAUUCCUAGCAGGACCAGGAGGCGAUCACGUGUGAGUAAAUAUGCUGACUCCAGUGCUGAGGCAGAUAAGGCAAAGCACUUUUCCAAAGUGUCAAGUAUUGCUGUGCAAACAGUGUCAGAAAUGUCUGUACAGACUGACUCUUUUGGUACUAUAAGGACACCAUCUAUACGUGCCAGAAUGGAUGCCAAAGUAGAAAUAAUAAAGCAUAUUUCUGCUCCAGAGAAGACAUAUAAAAAAGAAAGUCUGGGCUGUCAAACUGAAGUGGACUCAGAUACACAAAGCCCACCCUAUUUUUCAGCUACAUCUCCACAGAAAGAGAAAAAACGUCCAACACCAUUAGAAAUAGGAUAUUCUUCUCACCUACGUGCAGACUCAUCACUGCAAGUUGUUCCAUCCCCUCCAAAAUCACCUAAAGUUCUUUACUCGCCUAUAUCACCUCUUUCUCCAACUAACACCGUAGAAACUGUUUUUGUAUCUUAUGAGAAAUCAAAUAGUGGUGAAAGUAGUCCUCAAAAAGCAUUGACAUCCGAAGUACCUAAGAUUCCUCCACCAAGCCCAAAGUCAAUGAAAGUAAUCCAACGAUCUUUGUCUGAUCCAAAGCCAUUGAGUCCAACAGCAGAAGAGAGUUCCAGAACACAUUUUCAGUACUCUGAUGGAUAUACGAGUAAAAGUUCACAAAGUGGAACAGCUUCUGGCACUCAGAAAAAAAUUAAGAGGACUCUGCCAAAUCCACCUCCAGAAGACUUGUCAGCAAGUGGUCAGUCAGCAUAUUCAUCUGGAUCCAUUUCUCGCAGAAGGGUCUGCAGGCCCAACACAAUGGCCCGAGCAAAGAUACUUCAAGAUAUUGACAGAGAAUUGGACCUAGUAGAAAGAGAAUCUUCUAAACUAAGGAAGAAGCAGGCAGAGCUGGAUGAAGAAGAAAAGGAAAUUGAUGCAAAACUAAGAUACCUGGAAAUGGGAAUUAAUAGAAGAAAAGAAGCUUUGCUACAAGAAAGAGAAAAGAGAGAGAGAGCUUACUUGCAAGGUGUUGCAGAAGAGAGAGAUUACAUGUCAGACAGUGAAGUAAGUAAUAUACGAGGGACAAGGAUUGAAGGGCAACAUGGAUUGGAAAGACCGAGAACUGCACCGCAAUCAGAAUUUAACCAGUUUUUACCUCCACAGACACAAGCAGAACCUCAGUAUGCUCCGCCUACCAGUCCAUAUACACAGUAUCAGUACCCCACCCAUACGUCUCAGACACCAGCUCAGUAUUCACAGCAGUCUCAUUACCUACAGCAGUCUUUGUACCACCAACAGAUUACUCCUUAUCAGGCUCACCCCACCUUCCAGUCUGGGCAUACAUAUGCAUCACCCAUGCCUUCUUCGCAAACGCAGCAAUCCACUUAUCAGCAUCCAUCCCAAAUGAUGAUGAUUCAGCAGAAACCAAGGCAAACCACUAUAGCUGAUUUAGAACCUAAAAUAACAACAAAUUAUGAGGUUGUUAGGAAUCAGACACUAAUGAUGGCACCUUCUUCAACUGACAACACAUAUUCUCAUCUAGGAAGUAAGUAUAGCACUCUUGACCUCAGACUAGGGCUGGAUGAAAGAAGUAGCAUGGCUGGGAGCCCCAUGUCAAGUAUAUCUGGUGAUUCAUUUUAUGCAGAUAUUGAUCAUCACACCCCUCGAAAUUAUGUGCUGAUAGAUGAUAUUGGAGAACUUACCAAAGGCUCUCCAUCUCUUAGUACAGCCUACAGUAUGAAUGAAAAGGAUUUGAAAACUGAUCAUUUACUUCAUACAGCUGAGUCCAGAAGAAAUGCUGAAGUAUCUGAUUUUUUGGGCUCUUUACAGACAUCAUCAAGAGUUCAUUCAUAUGGAAAACCAGAAGACGACUCCAUGGAAGAGCCGUAUGAGCUGAAACUCCUUAAACAUCAGAUCAAGCAAGAGUUCCGUAGAGGGACAGAAGGACUGGAACAGCUAGGAGGAUUAUCACACUACUACCAUGGAGACAGUGGUUUCAGACAUUUUCCAAAGUCAGAGAAGUACAGCAUAAGCCGUCUUACCCUUGAAAAGCAGGCUGCAAAACAGUUACCUCCUUCUCUUUUGUAUCAAAAGCAGGUAAAACAUAAAAAAUCAUUAAUAGAUCCAAAAAUGUCAAAGUUUUCUCCAAUUCAGGAAAACAGAGACCUUGAGCCAGAUUAUAACAGCUACAUGUCAUCCAGCACUUCAUCACUUACUGGUAUUUCCUCUAGAGCAAGACUGCUUCAAGAUGACAUAACAUUUGGACUUAGAAAAAAUAUCUCCGAGCAGCAGAAGUUUAGUGGAUCAGCACUUGUGCCAAGCCUUGGACAAACUCUUGCACCAGCACUUAGCCCAACAAUGAGAUCUGUGCUACCAGAAGAAGCAGAUAAACCUUACAGUGGUGGUACCAGAUCACGACCUUCAUCUCGCCCUUCUUCAGUUUACGGACUUGAUUUAACAAUAAAGAGAGAUUCCUCUAGUACCUCUUUGAGGCUUAAGCCUCAAGAAAAUGAACCUGUUGAUGUUCCCUAUGGUCAUUCAACACCCCCUCUUCGAACAAAGCCAUGUAGUUUACCUAUAAGCCAAAGCAGAGGAAGAAUUCCAAUAGUGGCACAGAACUCUGAAGAAGAAAGUCCAUUAAGUCCAGUUGGUCAGCCAAUGGGAAUGGCUCGUGCUGCUGCUGGGCCUUUGCCACCAAUAUCAGCUGAUUCAAGGGACCAAUUUGGAUCUAGUCACUCUCUCCCUGAGGUACAACAACAUAUGAGAGAAGAGUCACGAAGCAGAGCCUAUGAUCGGGAUAUUGCAUUCAUCAUGGAUGACUUCCAGCAUGCCAUGUCAGACAGUGAAGCCUAUCACCUUCGUCGUGAAGAAACAGAUUGGUUUGACAAGCCUCGGGAGUCUCACUUGGAAAACGGUCAUGGAUUUGAUGGAAAACUUGCUGACAAAUUCUCUCAUGGUAAACAGUGUCAUCAACCACAGGGAGAAAUUGGAGGGAAACCUGUGCACUACAGCUUUCCACAUUCCAGAGUACGCCUCCUGAAAGACCCAAAGGAUCACACUGUUUCAGGUAAUGGAUUAGGCAUCAGGAUUGUUGGCGGUAAAGAAAUUCCAGGAAACAGUAGAGAAAUUGGAGCAUACAUUGCAAAGAUUCUUCCAGGAGGAAAUGCGGAACAAACAGGCAAGCUUGCUGAAGGCAUGCAGGUUCUAGAAUGGAAUGGCAUCCCUCUGACUGGUAAAACCUAUGAAGAAGUCCAAAGUAUUAUUGGUCAGCCAAAUGGGGAAGCUGAAAUAUGUGUAAGACUGGACUUGAAUAUGUUGUCAGACUUCGAGAACCCCCAGCAUUUGGAGCUGCAUGAACCAUCAAAGCUUGGAGAAAAACAAAGAUCCCCAGGAGUUGAUCCUAAACAGCUGGCUGCUGAAUUGCAGAAAGUCUCUCAGCAGCAGGCACCAUCAUCUACCUCAUCCAUUUCAGAAAAAGGUUGUCAUGUGCACUCUGGUACAACAUCUGCUGCUUCUAGUGCUGUACCCAGUCCUGGCCAGCCUGGUUCCCCAUCAGUUAGCAAGAAACGACAUAGUACCAAGACUGGUGAAGCCACAAAGACUCCUAGCUAUCCAAUCACAGGAGAUAUUCAGCUUCAAAUCAACUAUGACAAACAACUUGGUAAUCUGAAUAUUCAUGUUCUCCAAGCAAGGAACCUCACUCCUCGAGAUAACAAUGGCUAUUCUGAUCCAUUUGUAAAGGUGUAUCUUCUUCCAGGAAGGGGUGCGGAAUACAAGCGUAGAACAAAGUAUGUUCAGAAGAGCUUGAAUCCAGAGUGGAAUCAAACUGUCAUUUAUAAAAACAUUACCAUGGAGCAGCUGAAGAAGAAAACACUGGAAGUGACUGUCUGGGAUUAUGAUAGAUUCUCAUCCAAUGAUUUCCUUGGCGAGGUGCUGAUUGAUUUAUCUAACACUACUAACAUUGACAAUACAAUGAGAUGGUAUCCACUCAAGGAGCAGAGUGACACCAUUGAACAUGGAAGGUCACAUUCUGGACAGAGCAGAGAGCAGUCACCAAAAACAUCUGUCAUCAAGAGCAGAAGUCAUGGGAUUUUUCCAGACCCAUCUAAGGAUAUGCAGGUGCCUACAAUAGAGAAAUCUCAUAGCAGCCCUGGGAGCUCCAAAUCAUCUUCUGAGGGACACUUACGUUCUCAUGGACCAUCCCGCAGUCAGAGCAAAUCCAGUGUUACUCAGACUCACCUUGAAGAUGCAGGUGCAGCGAUUGCUGCUGCUGAGGCCGCUGUCCAACAACUACGCCUUCAGCCAACAGCACAUAAAAGCGGUCACUCAAGCCUUGCCAGGAAGCAACACAGACACAGCAUGGCAGGCAUCUUCCCAAUUCAAAGAGCUAAGUCUGACAGUCUGUCUUCAGCAUCUAGUAAGAGCAAAGAGCAAAGCCAUCUCGCCAUCAGGAAGGUGAUGUCGGAAGGACCUGUCAAGCCUGAAGGAGCAAAGACUACUACCGCUACUACUACUCAGCGAACAACAGAGUCAUCUGUUUCUACGAUAUCAUCAGUCAGCAGUACAGGAAGUGGGUACAGUGUCGACAGUGAAGGCAGCAAUACGUCCGGGGAUAACAGUAUCAUUCCCGCUCUUCGACUGGGGAAAACUGUUGCAAAUGGCCAAGAUCUAAUAAAACAGCCAGGGCUUGGACCAGCAGAAACUGAAGGUAAAACACAAGUGAUGGGAGAAAUUAAAAUCGCAUUGAAGAAGGAAAUGAAAACCGAUGGAGAGCAGUUAACAGUUGAGAUCCUUCAGUGCAGAAACAUCACAUACAAAUUUAAGUCUCCUGAUCACUUGCCAGACUUGUAUGUGAAGUUAUAUAUCAUUAAUGUAUCAAGCCAAAAACGAGUGAUAAAGAAGAAGACGAGGGUCUGCAGACAUGAUCGGGAACCAUCAUUUAAUGAGACGUUUCGAUUUAGCUUGAGCCCUGCUGGUCAUUCCCUCCAGAUUUUGUUGGUGUCAAAUGGUGGAAAGUUCAUGAAGAAGACAUUAAUUGGUGAAGCAUACAUCUGGCUUGACAAAGUAGAUUUAAGGAAGCGCAUUGUUAAUUGGCACAAGCUACUAGUCACUUCCAGUCAAAGCCACUGAUUAACUGUAACCAUGCUUAGAAGAGGAUAUAGUUAGUACUACAGAAUGCAUGGGACCAUUUGAAAUGUUAGACUGGAACUGUCAAUUAGACAGAACUGUUCAGAGACAGUAAGGAGAAGAAGUCCUCAUUUACAUGGCAGAGAAUAUUGUAAUCAACAGAGGCCAGACAAAGAUGCAUUCUUGCAAAGCUUGGAACAUGUUCUACCUGCGUGUGUAGCCCUGGGGUCAUGUUGUUAAAGGAGAUCUGACAAGGCCAUAAUAAGCGAUUCCUGAAAGUGUAAUUCUACAAGCUUAAGAAAGGCUGUGAUGCAUGGAAUGCAAAAUGUUUAUUUAUAGAUGAUGGUUCAAAGAGUUCAGCUACAGAGAAAAGUGCUGACUUAAGAAAAUAAUAUCAUUUUUGUAAGAAGGGUGCUAUAUAUUAAUAUGCAGUAAGAAUUCACAGGAGGUGAACCAGAAGGCAUGCCAUUCCAAACCAUACAUGAUGGUUGAGUGCCAUCUUUUUUCUUCCGUCUUAAAACUGCAGACUAUUUCUUGUACAAUGUAGCUGACGCCCUACAGAUUGUAAUAGUAUGCAAUAUUCAGAUUGCUAUACAAGAAUGGGAAGGAUCAUCUUCUGUUUCUAAAAAUGAAUCAACAUUUUUACAUGAGAAAAGUGUAUCAACAUUAGCCCACUAGUUAUCAGCAGCUGUAAAGGUACUUGCUCAUUUUAAGUAUGAAUUGUUUAAGGGAUAUUGCAGCAUAAAGAUUUUGAAAACAGUAUAAUGUAGUGGACCACAAAAAAGAGAGUACAGUUAUUAAACUCUGCCGCUCUUAUUUUAGUUAAUCACCAUGCACCAUAUGGGCCCUAAUUGUGCUAUGUAUAAAUCUCAUAAGGAUGUUCAAUAUCUCAGCCAGUAUGAACAGUUACCUUUAUGUCUGUAGCACUUUUAUGAUACCACUUAUGGAAUGAAUAGCCUGACAUGAUUAUGUGUCUCUUCUAGUUACAUACCAUUUGUUUAACAAAAAUAAUUAAUAAUACUUUAUAGAAACAGCAAGAUGAGUUUAUGAGACAUAUUCAGGCACUGCAUAUUAAAGCAUAAACAUCACGCCUAGAAAUGAGGACCUUAAUGCUUAUUAAAUAUUAUUGAUAAUUCAAUUAGUGUUAUUUGUUUUCUGAGCAACUCAGGUGUAUAGUUAAUCAGACUAGUAUGUGCAAUCAUAGCUUGCUAGAUGUUAAAACAUAGUUAUGGUCAUUAAAGAAACAAAUAACAUUCUGAAGUGAUCGCAUCACCAGAAAGCCAAACAAGGCAACCUUAUGAUUUUGUGUUGCUCUGCUUUUUCAGUGCAUUAUUUCAGUGUAUAUAUUCUCGUCUGGUUUCCAUUCCAGAAGUUACCACCUGUACAUUUGCCGCUUCCAUAGUUUGCUCUCUAAUACUGUUGGAAAAAAAGAAACAGCAGUAUGAUGCACCACUUGUGAAAACUCCCGGUAAUUUCUUACGUACAACAUUUUUUAAGGAAGGCUUGCCGACUGUUGCCAUUAAUAUUUCCAAUAGAAACUAUCCCUCAUAAGACUGGUAACCAGGAAUCAAUUAAUCAUCAAUCUUAAGUGGAGAAACAGAGCCAUAAUAACUUAACUGUCUGAGAAAUAUAUUAUUGCUUUACCUGUUAAUUUAAUAAUGGUUUAAUUAUUUAUGGAACUGAAGUAUAUGAGUGACUGUCGUGCCUCAUCCUUGCUAGUUUCUUUCCUCCUAAACUUUAAAGAGUACACGUGUUGUAAAAUAGCAUUCAUAUUUUUAAACAACUAAUUAUUUUUCCAAACUAAGAAAUCAGAUUUCACAAAAUAAAUACUAGCAACAGUGUGUUGAUCUUUAAGAUAUUAUUUAAUCAGCAGUAGUGUUACAGAAUAGACAUACAUUAAUGAAUGGAUUUUGUCAGUUGUUAAAUAAUACAGAUGUUGACCAUUCAUAAAGAAGUAAGCUGUUAACUAUGAAAAGAAUCUAACAGAUAAAUUAUGAGAAAUGUCAACAUAAGCAUUCGAGGAAAUAAAUCAUUGUGAUAAAAAUGAAAGA